AUGAUCACUCGAAAACCUUCUCGGAGAAUUCUCAAAAUCCUCUGCCACGUAACUAUCGUCUUCUUAAUCAUCGUUGCCACCGUCGUUACAACCCUGUCGCUCACCAUCUUUAAGCGUAGAGAACCACGAGUCCAGCUAGAAAAUUUCCACCUCACCUACUUACCCAAUGAAACAAUAACCGUGAAAGUAGUUGUGAAAGUCAAGAAUCCCAACUACGAAAGCUUCAAAUACAAGAACACUACAGCUUCUAUAACGUAUCAAGGCAUUAUUGUGGCUUUGGUUCCUAUUGAGCCGAGAUUUGUCCCUGCUCGCGGCAAGCUUAAUUUUACAAUUACUUCUGUGGAUCUUUUGGUGUAUAAAAUGGUGGAAAGUCCCAAGUUUUUUGAAGAUAUUGUGUCUUAUGGGAGCUUUAACUUCACCUCGUCAGCUACUUUGCAUGGGAAGGUGAGGAUUUUAAAGUUUUUGAAGUUUGAUGCCAAGGUUUUAUGCACUUGUGAUAUCUCGUAUUUGAUUUUGUCUCAGAAUGUUACAUCUAGAUGCAUGACCAAAGUCAAGUUAUAA